GAAUAUUAGUUCCAUUGUGCACCUAACCGCCAUCUUUUUGACUGCAUACUCGGACCUGGGACAUUCACAAGUAUCUUUAGAGCGAGACAAGUCGGUUCCUAGUUAUUGAGCAACUCCAGAAAUCAUCCUAGAAUGGCUGAACAAGCUGGACAAGCAGGACAGGCUGCAGCCCAACCUGCAGUAGAACUUUUGUCAGAGUGGGGAAAGGAAGCAGCAAAAGAGGGUGCAAAAGAGUGGGGACGGGUCUGCUUACGCAUCAACAACCCAUGGGUGGCUACAGCCAUUGGUAUUGGUGGAAUCGUCAUCAGUGGGAUUGGCGCAUUCUACCUGGCCAACAAGGCCCUGACCAUGCUGGCUGUCCGUCGGGCUGUUGAGAGGAGGGACCCCGACAACCCCGACCAGCCAGCCGACCCACAGGUGGGGGAGGGGGUGCGAGAAGGCUCCCUCCUGGUUCCUGUCAUCUUCUACUCCCAGCUGGGCUACCAAUACUUCACCUCCAUCCUAAACGGACCCUUCCUUAAAGCCUGUCUCCAAGGUGAACUGGAGAGGGUCGGAUAUAAGGAAUCCAUUGACAUAAGUGUAGAGAAGUGGGAGCUACCAAACCUGCCGGAGGGGGGACCAGGACUGAUGGGGAUGAUGGGAGAGGAGAGAGUUCUGGGCUGGCUGGCAGAACUUCCAGAAAAGGUCAGCCUCCUUAGCACAACAGCAGGGGAUUCUGGGAUACCUGAGGACGUCUCCUCUGUAGCAGGUGUCUCUACUGUUGCAUCAUGGGAGGAUGUAGAGGAGGAGGAGGAGGCUGGACCAUCACAGGCCAGACUUCCCCAGCAGCCUCCAGCACAGGUCACACCUGCUGCACAGCAGGCUGAGCUACAGGAGGGCCCACUGAAGGGGCUGAGAGCCAAGCUACUGCAGCACAAGGACUCACCAACUGCACAGACAGAGCUAAAGGCAUACAGCUGUCUGGAAAAGGGGGCUGCCAUGGUAACCACAGGGGGGUACCAGGAGGGGGUGGAGCACUUGCUGGAGGGGAUCAUGCUGGCGGAGUAUGUGAGCCCUGAUGGUGUUGAUACAAUCCUGUAUGACCAGUCCUGGCUGCACCUGGACAGAGCUAAGUUCAACCAACUAACUUCCACACAGCUCCAGGCUGACCCUGACAGCACCCCCUGUCUGCUCAUACAGGCACUGCAGCUUCCCAAUGGACACAGCCGACAGCAGGCCAUAGACCAUGUGAUCGACAUUGUUCUACAGCAUGGAGAAACAGACCCCAUGUACAAACUUCUGGCUUACAUGUACUGUGCUUUAGGGUAUACAAUACAGGUAACCACCAGACAACCAGCCCCAGCCCUGUCUGCCUUUGCCAGUGCCCUUAUGCACAAAUCUGGCCACCUGCAUGCCCUGUUCCUCACAGCAGAGUGUUCCAUGGAUGUGUCUGUCCCACAGGCCAUCAGGCAGUUUCACCACUACAUCCACACAGCUCCUACAGACCAUGAUGGGGUUCCCCGGGCUCAUUACUUCCUAGUUACCCUGUACGGCCAACAGGACCUAUCUGUCCACAGGGACAGAAUCCUGCACCACUACAACAUGGCCCAGCAGACUGACAGGAACAGGCUGCCUGUGUUUCCACCAGUCUCCAGUUGGCUAACAGAGCGAGCCAGAAGGGUGUAAGUCAUGGCACAGCCUCGCAAGUGAUCACACAGUUCAAUAUAGCAAAUCUGGUACAUAAAACAAUAAAAGAAUGAAAGACAAAAGCAGGCAAGACAUGAACAUUGUGAAAUUACAACUAAAGCACUACAGGACUUACAUGUAGAUUCACUACGUACUGUAUGUGUGUGUACCUUUAAAAUUGUCACUCUGUCAUAUGAUAUAUUAUAAAAGAGCUUCUUUUGAGAUGUGAUAUAAUUAUCAUCAUUAUUGCCAUUACUUAUACUCUUUAUAUCAGAAAACAUAACGUUAUACAUGUCAUUUGGCCAUCAUAAGCAGAAACAGAAAUUAAAGAUGUCUGUGAAUAUCACAAUGCUUGCAAGGAAGAUGAUUUAAAUUAUCAAAACAUAGAGCAGUCAGUGCUAUUAUGACCAAAAUUGUCACUAGAAAAGUUGUCUAAUUGAAUUUGAAAGUAACGUCACAAAUGUGUGUAGAUUAGUAUGAGACAAUGAGCAUCCUAAUGCAUGUAAUAGACUGAGGUUAGCAUGGGGAAAUCUUGUAAAGCAUUUCAGAUUAUAUUUUGUACAAUAUAUAUUAUAUAUAUAAGAAUCAUAAAAAGCUGCAGGUUGUUGUUUAAAAUGAACUUGAAUCAUUGUCAUAAACCAUGUCUAGUACUUUUAUGCUGCUGCUGUCAUUAGACAUUUCACUAUUUUGCAAACAGGAAAAAAAAACAACAACAGAAUAUUAAUUAAUAACAUUAUGCAUGGUUUGCAGGGCUCAAAUUAUGCAAGGCACAUGCACUUUUGUAGCUGUGCACCUCAUUUUGACAGUAGCUGCACCUACAUGUACUACUACUAGUGGAUUUUUUGUAGUGCUGUAUAAAUUAUAUGUA